GUUUGACACAGUCAGCCACCAAAUCCUCCUCUCCACACUGACUGAACUUGGCAUCACUGACUCUGCUCUAACAUGGUUGACGUUAUACCUGACAAAUCGCACCUUUCAGGUCAAAUGGAAUGGCACCUUGUCCAAGCCCUGCUUUCUGGAAACUGGCAUCCCUCAGGGCUCAGCAUUUGUCCCACUUCUGUUUUCACUAUACACUAAAUCAAUAGGCUCUGCAACCACAUCACAUGGAUUCUCUUCGGCUGUUAUGCUGACAAUGCCCAGCUGUUCCUCUCUUUUCCUCCAUCGUCUGCUACCCACGUUGCAACACGCAUCUCAUAAUGUCUGGCAGAAAUCUCGCUUGGACAUCUGUGCAUACCGUCAAGCUCAACAUUUUUAAAAUUGAACUCCGCUUCAUCCCGUCACUGUCAAGGACAUUGCAGUAUUGCCUUCAUCAACUGUGAAGAUGGCAGGAUCCUCGAUGACAGACUAUCCUGCACCCCUAACAUCACAGCUCUCACCCGAUCCUGCACUUUUGCCCUCUACAACAUCAGCAGGAUCCAGUCUUUCCUCACAAAGGAUGCAACUCAGCUCCUGGUCCAAAUACUGGUCAUCUCUUGCCUGGACGCUUCUGCAACUCACUCUUGGCUGGACUUCCAGCCUCUGCGACUACAAUGUUGCAGCACGCCUCGUUUUCAGUCUACCCAAAUUCUCACGUGACCCCCCUGCUCCAUGAGUUCCACUAGCAUCCUGUUGUGGCCCGCAUCCAAUUCAAGACAAUGGUGCUGGCCUUCAAGGCCAUCAACGGAACUACAACCGUCUGCCACAAUUGCACCCAACUGCUGUACUCCAUCAGCUGUCCGGCUGGUACUGCCAUUGCUGAAAGCAAACAAGGGUCGCUAAGUGAAGUCACAACUGCUCUCUGUUCUGGCACCUCACUGGUGUAACGAACUCCCAACCAAUGUUAUGACAGCAGAAUAACUCACCAUCUUCUGACUCAAGACUCACUUGUUCAGACUUCACCUUGACCUUGCAUGGCAUUACCACCAUCACCAAAAUAACUUACAUGCACUUGUGUGUUAAUAUCCUUAUAUCCACUUAAAUCAAGGUAUCCGUGAUGAAUAGCACCAUAACAUUUUUUGUAUGGCUUUUGUAUCAUUCAGAUUUGAAGAUAAAGCUUGCUUUUUGUUUCUCCCUGAUCCUGCCUACUGUCGGGAUAACUGUGUUUGGGUCCACCUCCUAUUUCCCUCAACCACGUGACAAGUAGAUUAUGUCAGUUUCAUGUCUGUUAAUAACCUAAAGAGGAAGGAAAUGUAGUCGUGUCAUAGCUUGAUAUCUGACUUCUGCUCAAUCACAACUGAGGAACGGCUUCUUUCAAGACGACGUCCGUCUUCAUUGUAAGUAGAAUUGUUUGUAGAUGUGUCUGAUACUGUAAACCUCCUGUGUGCAUCAUUAUUUUAUCUGCUGACAUGUUUUAUUGUCUCUGAAACCUCACAGAGAGAUCAGUGGAGCAGAUAUGAGUUUAAGUGCAGCAGUGAGUGGAUUUGUCGUCUUCCUUCUCUCUGUGUCGGUGAUACAGGGUCAGGAUGACUGGGGAGUGACUUAUAGCUCUACUGAGAUCUGUGCCUUCAAAGGAUCAACAGUGGACAUGAGCUGCACCUACAGAUACCCAUCUACUGUACAGAGAGUUGAGAACAGGUUCUGGUACACAAAAGUGAGUAAUGGUGUUUAUAUGGAUCUGAAAACAGACCCAGAGUAUUCAGGUCGUGUGCAGUAUAUCUUUGGUAACAACGACUGCACUCUGAGAAUCACAGACCUGAGAGAGAGUGACUCAGCUGAGUACAAGUUCAGAUUCAUUACAGACCAAGAAGGUGGGAGAUAUACUGGUAAACCUGGAGUCACUUUGAGGGUCACAGGUAAGAGUUUUAAGUUCCGUGUGGCAAUAUGUGUGUGUGUGUGUGUGUUGACAUUCAGUCUAAAUGAAGACCUCUGUUUCUUAUUCACAUAUUCAGAUCUCCAGGUGAAGGUGAAUAAAUUACAGGUCUAUCCCUCUAAACUCUGGGCAGAGCUGAUGUGCCACAGCAGGUGUCGUCUACCUGGUCAUCCUCACUUCGUCUGGUACAAGAAUGGACGGAUCAUUCAGGGACAAACAUCUUCUUAUUUGGUCUACUUCACUCCUGCAGACAGCUUUUCCUGUGCUGUAGCAGGACAUGAGAACUGCCGCUCUCCUUCACUGUAUGUCCAAAGGUUUGACCCUCUGUCAGAGAGUUCUGCUGAGAUAGUGGAGGGCAGUUCAGUGAAUCUGACCUGUAGCAGUGAUGCUAACCCAGCAGCUAAAUACAUCUGGUACAAGGAGAAUGGAGAUCCAGACCUUCAACCUCUCAGUAAAGAUCCACAGCUUGUCUUCAGCGCCAUCCAGUCUUCUGACUCUGGAGAGUAUUACUGUACAGCUGAGAAUGAGCUAGGGAGGAGGACGUCUGAAUACAUCUAUAUUAAUGUGAAAUAUGGUCCAAGACUUCCCUCUGUGUCAGUGAGUCCCUCUGCUGAGAUAGUGGAGGGCAGUUCAGUGACUCUGACCUGUAGCAGUGAUGCUAACCCAGCAGCUAAUUACACCUGGUACAAGAAGAAUGGAGAUCCAGACCUUCAACCUCUCAGUAAAGAUCCACAGCUUGUCUUCAGCUCCAUCCAGUCCUCUGACUCUGGAGAGUAUUACUGUACAGCUGAGAACCAGCUGGGGAGGAGGACGUCUGAAUACAUCUAUGUUGAUGUGACAUAUGGUCCAAGACUUCCCUCUGUGUCAGUGAGUCCCUCUGCUGAGAUAGUGGAGGGCAGUUCAGUGACUCUGACCUGUAGCAGUGAUGCUAACCCAGCAGCUAAUUACACCUGGUACAAGGAGAAUGAAGACUCACCAAAAGCAUCAGGACAGAUCUUCACCAUCACUGACUUCAGAGCUGAACACAGUGGGAAUUAUUUCUGUGAAGUCCAGAACAGAAGAGGAGGAAAUAAAAUCACUGUACAUCUGACUGUGGCAGUGAAUUCAACAAAGAUAAUGAACAUCAUCAGGUUGACUCUGGUGGUCUUGAUGCUGAUUCCUCUUCUUCUUCUGAGUCUGUGGACCAGGAAGAAGAAAACUCUGAGCUCCACCACUGAACCACAAGAACCUGUCGAGAUGAUGGAGUUGGUUUCUCGUCCUGAGUAUGAGAACGUCUCAGACUUCACUGCAGCACAGACAGAAGACACAGAGCAGCAGGAAGACAUGCUGAGUGUGAUAUCUGUCUUCUGCUCACUCACAACUGAGGAACGGCUUCUUUCAAGACGACGUCCGUCUUCACUAGAGAUCAGAGGAGCAGAUAUGAGUUUAAGUGCAGCAGUGAGUGGAUUUGUCGUCUUCCUUCUCUCUGUGUCAGUGAUACAGGGUCAGGAUGGCUGGGGAGUGACUUACAGCUCUACUGAGAUCUGUGCCUUCAAAGGAUCAACAGUGGACAUGAGCUGCACCUACAGAUACCCAUCUACUGUACAGAGAGUUGUGAACAGAUUCUGGUUCACAAAAGCUAGUAAUAGUGUUUAUACAGAUUUGAAAACAGACCCACAGUAUUCAGGUCGUGUGCAGUAUAUCUGUGGCAACAACAACUGCAGUCUGACAAUCACAGACCUGAGAGAGAGUGACUCAGCCGAGUACAAGUUCAGAUUCAUUACAGGCCAAGAAGGUGUGAGAUAUUAUGGUUCACCUGGAGUCACUUUGACUGUCACAGAUCUGCAGGUGAGGGUGAACAGCCUACAUGUCUAUGUCUCUUUGCCCUUGGCAGUGCUGAUGUGUCACAGCAAUCAUCGUCUACCUGGUCGUCCUCGCUACGUCUGGUACAAGAAUGGACGGAUCAUUCAGGGACAAACAUCUUAUUUUUAUUUGGUCUACUUCACUCCUGCAGACAGCUUUUCCUGUGCUGUAGCAGGACAUGAGAACUGCCGCUCUCCUCCAGUGUAUGGUCCAAAGCUUCCCUCUGUGUCAGUGAGUCCCUCUGCUGAGAUAGUGGAGGGCAGUUCAGUGACUCUGACCUGUAGCAGUGAUGCUAACCCAGCAGCUGAAUACACCUGGUACAAGAACAAUGGAAAUUCUGACCGUCAUCCUCUCAGUAACGCAAUACAGCUUCACUUCAGCUCCAUCCAGUCCUCUGACUCUGGAGAGUAUUACUGUACAGAUGAGAACCAGCUGUGGGGGAGGACGUCUGAUUACAUCUCUAUUGAUGUGAAAUAUGGUCCAAGACUUCCCUCUGUGUCAGUGAGUCCCUCUGCUGAGAUAGUGGAGGGCAGUUCAGUGACUCUGACCUGUAGCAGUGAUGCUAACCCAGCAGCUAAUUUCACCUGGUACAAGGAGAAUGAAGACUCACCAAAAGCAUCAGGACAGAUCUUCACCAUCACUGACUUCAGAACUGAACACAGUGGGAAUUAUUCCUGUGAAGCCCAGAGCAGAAGAGGAAGAAAUACAACCACCGUACAUCUGACUGUUGUGGCAGUAUCAGGGAAAUCAAUGGCUGCUGGAACAAUCACUGUCGUUCUCCUGGCUAUCAUAUCCCUCUCUGUCUUCCUGUGGAUCAGGAAAAAGAGGGCUUCCAGGGAAUCUACUGAGGCUGAAGAGAGACCAGAUGACAGGGAACAGGGAGAGUCGGAGGAGCAGGACGACUUUCAUUACGCCAGCGUCCACUUCUCCAACAACCAGGCAGAUAAUCUAUCCUCAAACAUCAGACCAGCUCAGCCUCGAAGACACGUGGAGCAACAGGAAGUCGAGUACGCUGCUGUCAGAUUUAACAGUGCCAGUACCGCCCCAAGAGCCAGAGGUCAGGGAGCUGCAGAGGAUCCAGCUGCGUUGUACAGCACCGUCAACAAAACCCGCUGACCUGCAUUUAUAGUCUGAUAUUUGUGUUUCUUCAAAACAUUUGUAUUAUAGCAGGAAUAUGCAAUAGAGACAAUCAUAUAUCUUAGAGAAGCUCAGAAUCAUGAACUAAACAUACAAGAGUGUUCAGGGCUCCCAGCCAUGAGUUGAGCCCGAGUCCGCUGCACUAGGUGCCAGUGCCACCAGAACUAAGCCUCUGUACAUGUGACGCCUGCUCUACCAGCUGAGCUAAAUGACACCUCGUGUGUCCUGACUCUUGUUGGGACAGAGGAGUACGACAAAGAUCUCUGCAAACUGGUUCUUUUUUUCUGAGGCACACUUCAAACCCGAGGGUUAAUAGAGCUUUUGGCUGUUUUAAUGUAUUAAUUACCUUCUCUCUAUCACCAGCUUUAAACAAUAGCUACUAGAUCACUGAUGUCUCAGUAGCUAGCUAAUGUUACAUCACAUCGUGUUGGUUUUCUUUGCCGGGGGGGUAUAUGUUACUUUUAGAGUUCUUAUCUGUUUUCUUGCAGGCCAGUCAACAGCAUAAAAAAAAUGUAUGUUUCUGAAAACUACCAAUAUCCAUCAAUUUGUGUCGUACGUACUGUAUCAACAUCUCUACAAAAUGUGUCAUAUCAUGUUCAUAUUACCUGUUUAUGAGCUAACUUUCAUAUCAUGAAAUGAAAGGUAAUGUGGUGACGUUUCAGCAUUUGUAAGCAUGAAACCCUAACAGGUGUUCUUGCCUAAACUGUAUCAGUCCUUUGGGACAGUGUUGCUACAUAAUAACAUUUUAAAUUGUACCUAAAGUAACAAACAGUGCAGAUAUAACUUAAAAAACUUUUCAACAUA